AAACCACCAGCGUUUCCAUUUGGAUCAACAAAAGAUCUUGUGUUGGGAAGAACCUUUAUUGGAGAUGGCUACGAUAAAAUGUACAAAGAAUUCCCCAGUGAAAGAUAUUUCGGCAUAAUUGAAGUUCAAAAUCCAGUUCUUGUUCUAAGAGAUCCAGAUCUGGUCAAGGCAAUAAUGGUGAAGGAUUUUAAUUGUUUCUCUGUCAGGACAUACAUUGGUGCAAACCCUUCGGAAUACAUUCUUAAACAUGUUAUAAACAUGAAUGGUGAAGAAUGGAAGGAAAUGAGAGGUUUGCUGACUCCUGCAUUCUCUUCUGCCAAGAUGAAGACUACCUUCAUGCUGAUGAAUAGCUGUAGCAAUCGAAUGGUAGAUUUUAUUCUCGGAGCAAUUCAAGACAAUGAAUCAGUGGAAAUCACCGAUGUCUUUGCUCGAUUCACAAUGGACGUGAUUGCUUCUUGUGCUUUUGGACUGGAAACGGACAGCAUUACUGAUCAAAACUGUACAUUUUUCCACACAGUUGGAGCCUUGCUUAAAACCACCAAAGGAAGGUUUUAUAGAAGAUUUAUAAUUAAUUUUUUCCCAAGUUUUGCAAAGAUAUUUCCAAUAAAGUUGAUUCCACCAGAAGUGACCAGCAUGUUGACUGAAGUUGUGCGACAAAGUGUAGAACACCGGGAAAAGUACAAAAUGCAGCGGAACGACUUUCUAGAUGUUUUGAUUCAAACCAGGAUAAAUAGUCAUAAAUACAGUGAAGAGAAACUUCAAUCACGUAGUAAAAAUACUGUUGAAGGUCUCACAAUAGAACAAAUUACAGCUCAAGCUUUUGUGUUUUUCAUCGCUGGCUACACAACCGAUACAUCAGUUUUGUCUUUCUGCUUGUUUGAACUCUCCCAAAACAAAGACAUCCAAGAAAAACUGUGUAGAGAGGUGGAUGCAUCUGUUAAUAAACACCAAGGCCAAAUAACAUAUCAGGCUCUUCAGGAAAUGACCUACAUGGACCAAGUUGUCAAUGAAACUCUACGGAUGUAUGGCUCGGGACAGAUUCUGAUCAGGACAUGUACCAAGUCUUACAGGAUACCUGAGUCUAAAGUAGUACUGGAGCCUGGCACUAGAGUAGUCAUCCCUACUUACUCAUUCCAUCAUGAUCCUAAAUACUUUCCAGAGCCACACAUUUUCAACCCUGAUAGAUUUUCUGUCCAAAAUACUAAAAAUAUACGGCCAUUCGUAUUCCUUCCGUUUGGAGAAGGCCCAAGAAAUUGCAUUGGGAGAAGUUUUGGUCUACUGCAAAUAAAAAUAGGACUAGCGACUAUACUUUAUAAUUUUAGUGUCCAUCCCAGUCCAAAGCAAAGAGUUCCGAUUGAAAUAGACAAGAGGUGCAUUGUGGUUACUCCUGCUAAUCCAAUUCAUCUCAAGUUUUCAAUAAGAAGGAAAAAUAGAUUAUGA